UCAAAAAAUAAAAAAGGAGCAGCGUCUUCUUUUUCCUCUCCAGCUCAAGUCUCAAGUCUCCACUCUCGAUCUCCACGAGAGAUGAAAACGACGAUGCUCUAGAAAAGGAUGACGAUCUCUUACUUUAGACUGUUAAUUCAAAACUUCAAGUCCGCUUCUUCAACACUCCAGGAUUUCCGACAAAGACAGGACUGGCCCUGAUCCUGCGACGGGUUGACUGCUAUCCGAUAAUCGAGUUCUGUACAAGUGAGUCUGCCCGAAAUUGAAAAGGACUGGCGCUUUGCAAAGAUGGAUGUUGUGGCAGCGAAAGUGGUGUCCAUCGUGACCUUAUUCUUUCUGACCCUGAUUUUUGCGGUCUUGCCCAUUCGUCUGUCGUCAUGGUCAACAAGCGGUGGACGUUGGAGACGAGCCUGCACAAGCCUCGCCAGUUGCCUGUCAGGGGGCAUUUUCCUGGGAGUUGCGCUCCUCCACCUGCUACCUGAGGUUCGGGAAAUGUUUGACUACGUGCUGUGCAAGAAAGAAUUGGAUAUCGAGUACCCGCUAACAGAGAUCACCGUGGCAGGUGGUUUUCUUAUUAUCUUGGUAUUUGAACAGCUUGUUCUGUUCUUUCGCGAUCGGGGAGCGGAAUCAGAGUGUGACAUAGCUAACGUUCCACCGCACGGAUGCGACCGAGAGCGCAACUUCGACAACUGUGGAACUCAGAGUCAGAGAGAACGCGUGGCAUUCAGCUCAACAAGCGGUGGACCAGUGUAUGGCACGGUGUCCGCGGCUACAGAAGAAUCCUGUGACAGUACUCCGCUACUAGGGUCAUCAUUACCUGUAUCAGGACAGGGAGCUGGUCAACAGCCAGGGGCUAGCAGCACUAAGGCAGAGGUGUCUAUCGCGGCGUCUCCAACCCCGGCCACUGGUGAUGCCGCUCCCGGAGAGACUGACGAGACAAGGGGUAAAUCAGCCAGGGAAACGUUUGGUUCGCUGGUGCUGCUCGCCGCUUUGUCUCUACACUCACUGUUUGAGGGCCUCGCUCUCGGUCUGCAGAGCGAUUCGGAUACAACCAUCCAGAUAUUCGUUGCCAUUCUGCUGCACAAAUGUGUGCUGGCAUUCGCUCUCGGCAUCCGCAUGGUCAAGUUGAAGGCCAGUGCAAAACAAAUCGGUCUGGCAGCACUGGUAUUUGCUGCCAUGAGUCCCAUUGGUGCUGGGAUAGGUAUCGCCGUUGAAGCGAAUGCAACCAAUGAAGUUGACCGCCAGCUCGUGACAGCGUGUCUGCAGGGAAUUGCCACCGGGACUUUCCUUUUCAUCACGUUCCUGGAAAUCAUCUCGCCGGAGAUUCAAGGGAAACGCGUGCGGGGUGAGUAUGACAUUCAGCUGAUGCGUCUUGUGCUGAUUAUUGUAGGCUUCACUAUUAUCGCUAUGCUCAGCCUGAAUCAUACGCACGAUCACUUGGAGUGUGAGUGGCAUGACCAUGACCACGACCACCAUGAUCAUUGAUUAUUUUCAUCAAUAAAUAUUUCUGCCGCAGGCGGCAAACGUGAUUUAUGUACAUCCACAUCCCUGAAUCUGGUUUCGUCUCCUUUCCUGUACCGCACACACCCCCUCACCCCCCCCCCCCCCCCCCACACACACACACAGUCGCGCGCACGCGCAGAACACUCAGUUCCGAACAUUCCCUUUCCGGCUCCUAUAUACACCAUUUGACAUGUUUCACUCUGUGAAUCUAGCUGCCGCCUUCAGCCCGAUCAUGUGCGCAGUGCAACUGAAUGGUGCAUGGCUCC